UCUGUCUAAUUGCACUAUAUAUCCAUUCCCGUUAGAAAAAUUUCGUAUGGCCUUUUCGGAGACGAUUACAUCUGACAUUUGACCGGAUCGCGCUCGUAUUACGUUCAGAUCAGAAAAGAAUAUUACACGCGCGUAUCAAAAGAGGAACAGAGAGAGAGAAAGAGAGAAAUAAACGUCAGAAUUCCGCACAUAUAUUCCAGAUAUUAAAUGCAUCUCUCAUAACCUUGCGGACGUAACCUUCAAACGUGACGGUAUCUUUGGCUCACGAGACAAUACGGCCGCUUUUAUCACGGCUCUUUCACGGUCGAUAGAACGCGCGAGAAGAUGCCGGUGCCGAAUUCCAUCAGCGUAGCCGUAAUAUGUUCCAGUAACAUGAACAGGAGCAUGGAGGCGCACGCUUUUCUAAGCAAAAAGGGAUUCAAUGUGAAAUCAUUCGGAACUGGAGACAAAGUGAAGUUACCUGGAACUGCACCGGAUCGUCCUAAUAUCUAUGACUUUGGUACUUCGUACGAUGAGAUCUACAAUGAUCUAUUAAUGAAAGACAAGCAAUAUUAUACACAGAAUGGCUUAUUGCACAUGUUGGAUCGGAAUCGUCGGAUAAAACCUAGGCCAGAACGAUUUCAAUUGUCCAAGGAUAAGUUUGAUAUUCUAAUUACUUGUGAAGAACGCGUGUACGAUCAAGUAAUUGAAUGUAUGGAAUCUAGGACUAAAGAAGAUAAUCAACCGGUGCAUUUAAUCAAUAUCGACAUUCAGGAUAAUCACGAAGAGGCCACAGUAGGAUCGUUUCUUAUAUGCGAACUAGUGACAGUGUUGGCGAAUAGCGAAGACUUAGAUAAUGACAUAGACGAAUUACUACAUGAAUUUGAGUCCAAAUUCGCGAGGACAAUAUUGCACACCGUGCUAUUCUACUGAAAGUCCGUUACCGUCACGAGAAAUCACCAGAAACCUGGUGUUCAUCGAACCUCAAGCUUAAUUAUAAGAGAAAUUAAAUUAUGUGUAUAACAUUUAAAUAUAAAAAUAUAUAUAUAUAUAUAUAUGCCGCGUAUCAUAUUCAUCCACCGGCUUGUGGAUCGAAUUUUUAAUUCGAACAGAGAAUUCCGCUUGUGCUUCCUACUUAAAGAAUGAUUAUUCUCGCGGAAUUGUACUAUCAAAGUCGCGAUAUCACAGGAAAUAUCGUUAAACUGGCAUUACGUUACAAUUAAAUGGGGUCUGAAUGAUAUCGAAAUUCAUGAAAUACAGAGUAAAAAGAUAUUGACAGGAGGUAGGAAAUAAAUGAGUAUAAAAUACAAAAUACUUAAUUUCAACAAUACUUAUACAAAUAUACACGUUCGCAUAUCGUACAAAUGAAUACGAUUGCACGUGGAUUACAAGCCUGUGACGGCAUAUGUUUACAUGCUCGUACAUUACAGAACAGUUGUACCGCUGUCAAAUUUAGAUUUGUUACAAAGAACAAUUAGAUUUGCAAAAAGUGCACAGAGCAGUGUGAUACUCUUCGCACUCAGUUAGUGUUGAUCAAGAUGAGCGUACAAUCUUCGGGCUUUCUGACGUUUAUUCUUAUUGACAUGUUUAUUAAUCAUCUUCCAUGGUUUCUUCACAUUGUCUGACUGAUCGUCGCUCGAUUCUGUUAAACUAAUCGUUGAUCCUGCGUGCCUGAAAAAAAAUUGUACUGAUUGAAUGAAUUUUGUAAAGGAGAAUACACACAUAAACAAAAAGAACCCCGAUAUUCCAACAAUUGUACAUAUUGUAUCUCAAUCGCGUGCAAGUCUCAUUCGGGUAUUAGGAUUUUGGAUUUAGACUUAGGCCCCGCAUUGAUCGAUCUUACAAAUGACUUAUGACUACUGUCGCAAUCUAUUAUAUAUACACGAGCGACUUUACAAAUAAAACAAACAUUUUGACA